AUGGGUACGGAAUGCUCAAAUCCGUCGCUGCAGGAAAAAUUGCUAGAUGAAGAAAGUCUUCUUGUUGAAUCAAAUCCAAAGACAAAUGAAAGAAAGCCUGGAUGGAAGGCCAUGCCUUAUAUUUUAGGAAAUGACACAGUUGAGAGGUUGGCAACUUUUGGAAUGCAAACAAACUUUGUUGUGUAUUUAAUGAAAGUGUAUAACAUGGAUCAAGUUCUUGCUGCAAAUAUUAUGAAUACUUGGUCGGCUAUUUCCAAUGUUAUUCCUCUAUUUGGUGCCUUUGUUGCUGAUGCCUAUUUGGGAAAAUUUCUUACCAUUGCCAUUUCUUCCCUUGCUAGUCUUAUGGGACUGGUGAUCUUUAUGGUAACAGCAUGGUUCCCACAAUUUCAUCCAGCACCCUGCACAACUCAGCAACAAGAAGUUGGUGUGUGUAUUGGCCACACAGAUUUCCAUCUAUUGCUUCUAAUUUUUGGUCUGUUUUGGUUAUCAAUUGGCACUGGUGGAAUUAGGCCUUGCAGCAUACCCUUUGCAAUUGACCAAUUUGAUUUGACCACUAGUGAAGGAAGAAAUGGAAGUACGAGGUUCUAUAGUUUUUACUACACCACACAAACAUUCAUCAUGCUCAUAAACCAAACUCUUUUGGUUUAUAUUGAAGAUUCUGUUAGUUGGACUCUUGGUUAUUGGUUGUUCACUCUGUUUAUGUUAAUUUCAAUUAUAGUUUUCUUUGCUGGGUCUAGAGUUUAUGCAUAUGUUAAACCUAAGGGAAGCAUAUUAUCAAGCAUUGCUCAAGUUUUGGUUGCAGCCAGACACAAGAAAGAUCUUCAUUUGCCUUCUUCUGAGGACAAACAUAUUGAAGCUUUUUAUGAUCCUCCUUUCCACCAUGAUUCAGAAAGAAAAUUGCCUCUUACAAAAGAAUUUAGGUUCUUAAACAAAGCUGCCCUUGUGGUUGAGGAGAAAGAAUUAAAUAGUGAUGGAUCAAGCAAAGAUCCCUGGAGGCUUUGUAGCAUUCAACAAGUUGAAGAAUUAAAAUGCAUGUUAAAAAUAAUACCAAUAUGGUUAACAAGCAUCAUAGUCUCCAUUCCAAUUGGACAACUAUCAAUAUUUUCAAUAUCACAAGCCUUAAAAAUGGAGAGACACAUAGUACCCAAUUUUGAGAUACAUGCUGGAUCAGUAACAGUAAUAUCAUUGAUAGCAAUAGGUAUAUUCCUACCAUUCUAUGAUCGAGUAAUUUCCCCUUUACUUGAGAAAAUAACCAAACACGAACAAGGACUCACAACCCUUCAAAGGAUUGGAGUUGGACAUGUUUCUGGGAUUCUAGCAGUUGUAGUUGCUGGUUUAGUAGAGAAAAAGAGAAGGGAUUUAGCCAUUUCAAUGGGAGAUUCAAAUGGAGUUUCACCUAUGUCAGUAAUGUGGCUAGCUCCUCAAUUCUUAUUUAUAGCAUGUUUUCAUGUUUUUGGAACUGUUGGACACACUGAGUUUUUCAACAAAGAAUCACCUGAUAGCAUGAGAAGUAUAAGCAAUUCUUUGAUGUGCCUUAAUGUUUCAGUUGGUAGUAAUCUUAGCACUUUCAUAGUGAACAUUGUGCAUUCUUAUACUGGAAAACAAGGAGAAGCAGAUUGGCUUGACAAUGAUAUUAAUAAGGGAAGAUUGGAGUAUUUCUAUUUCAUCAUUGCUGGAUUGGCAGUGCUAAAUAUGUGCUAUUUUAUAUUUUUUGCUCGUAGAUACUCCUACAAUGCCACUUUCACAGUAUGAAAUUAUAGCAUACAUCAUUGUACUUAUAGGUUGCACAUAUUUUUUUCCAAAAACUUUCCUAGUAACACAUUGAUAAUUUUCAAUGUUCAAUUAA